CUCUUUGACCGCUACUCAAAAUUUCAUACACUUCUCGAUCCCUUGUGUUUUACUAAUAUCUAAACGAAAUACGUGGAAGGAUAUAUGCUUUGGAUUAACGUUAAUAAUCACGGAAGUAUAAAUAACGAAGCUGCUAUUUGUUACUUACAGAAACUAACAUGGCAAUAUCUAUUAUAAAGUAAAGAAAAGAAGAGAAAAAUGAAUUUGAAACGUGACACAAAAAUUGACCUCAGUGGUCCAUCACUACCUUCAAUAUUUAAAUCUAGUAAAAUAGAAACAUGGGUUGACAAUGAAUCAGAAGAAAAUUUAGAUCAAUCAACUUCACAUAGGAAGAUAAUAAGAAGAUUUAACCAGCUCUCGCGACUGCAAAGGUCCUUAAUCUAUGUUUUCCUUUUUGCUUUGAUAACAGUAAUGGUGAUCCUUUUCCUUACGAAACAACCCCCGAAUGCAAACAAGAUAAAAAGGAAAUAUGAAAAGAUCCCCUUAAAAAAUAUCACGAAGUCCAAAGAACUAAUGGAAAAUAGCGUGGAAAUGAAAAAGGUCAUAAGUGCCGUAGAAUCUAGCGAAAGGCCCGUCUUUUCUGGUCCAAGCAACGCGCGCCAAUUCGCCGUGGUAGAAUCUUUCAAGCAUGCAUGGAGGGGCUACAAGGCACACGCAUGGGGUCACGAUAACUUGAAGCCCGUGUCUGGAAUGCCUUAUGAUUGGUUCUCGCUCGGACUUACUAUUGUCGACAGUCUUGACACGGCCUUAUUAAUGGGGUUACAGCAAGAGUUCGAGGAAGGCAAGGAAUGGAUAAAAAACGAAUUGGUCUUCACAAAGAACAAAGACGUGAAUUUCUUCGAGGUGACCAUUAGAGUUCUCGGCGCUUUGCUCUCGAACUUUCAUUUCACCCAAGAUACAAUGUUCAUCGAUAAAGCCAAAGAUCUCGGCGAACGUCUUUUGGCUGCCUUUUCAUCACCAUCUGGCAUUCCAUACUCGGAUGUUAACCUCGGCACACGAAAAGCGCAUGCGCCGGAAUGGUCGCAUUUCAGUACCACAGCCGAGGUCAGCACCAUACAACUGGAGUUCCGAGAGCUGUCCAGGGUCACCAAAAACCCUAUGUUCGAGGAUGCAGCAAUGGCAGUAUCGCAGAAAAUUCACCUACUACCGAAGAAGGAUGGUCUCGUGCCGAUAUUUAUAAACCCAAAUAGCGGUCAAUUCCUAGAUCAUGCUACUAUCACGCUCGGCGCUAGAGGCGACAGUUACUACGAAUACCUAUUGAAGCAAUGGAUCCAGACCGGAAAGACUAUUAAUUUCUUACGAGAUGACUACAUGGCGGCCAUAGAUGGCGUUAAGAAAUUACUGGCAAAACGAUCUUCACCCAACAAGCGAUUAUUCAUUGGCGAACUGGCAUCUGGCUCUGAAGCUUUCAACCCUAAAAUGGAUCAUCUUACGUGCUUUCUACCUGGAACUCUGGCACUAGGUUAUGCUAAUGGUCUGCCCGGUUGGCAUAUGUCAUUCGCCGAAGAGUUAUUGUAUACUUGUUAUUUGACAUAUGCAGUUCAACCUACCUUCUUGGCACCGGAGAUAACACACUUUAAUAUGGUGAGCACAACUGAAGAUAUGAUGACGAAGACAGCGGAUGCUCAUAGUCUUUUACGGCCGGAGUUCGUAGAAAGUCUGUUCUAUUUCUACCAGCUAACGGGUAACACAACCUACCAGGAUUGGGGAUGGCAGGUUUAUCAGGCUAUCGAGAAAUACGCCAAAGUACCCAACGGCUACACAUCCAUCUCGAACGUGAAAUCGACAAAACCGGUAUACCGGGACAUGAUGGAAUCAUUUUUCAUGUCUGAGACCCUCAAAUAUUUAUACCUCCUAUUCAGUGAAGACAGGUACCUCAUCGACCUUAAUAAAUACGUCAUCAAUACCGAGGCUCACCCAUUGCCUAUCCACAAGAACUAAUGCCGACACGUACGGAACCCAUUUGAAAUAUGCAGAGCUUCAAUGACAAGAAAAAUAUCUUAUAUAUCAUAUGUAGCCAGUUUUAAGAAUUAUUGUUUCUAAUAAGCGUUUAUCAUAUUCAUUCUUAUAUUUACAAAACAAACAUUUUGUUUGUCCACGCUUGAAAUUCUUUCAUGUCGGAUACAAUUAUAGUUUUAACUCAGUUUCAUUUUUAAAUUAUUGUGGUAAAAGUUUAAUAUUUAUUUUUAUCAUAAAUGUAACUUAAAAUCGCAAUUUAUCAUAAUAAAUAGUGUACGUAAUCAAAUUUAUUAUACGUAACUAAAUAGUUCUCGUCAAUAAUCGAUCUGUACAAUAUACAUAGUAGAAUAUAAUAGAAGUUCUGUUAGGUCAAUAAUUAUGCUGUGGGCUGGUGUUACAUUUUAAUUAAAAUAAAUUCCUCAUAUAAAAAGUCUAACAACUUCAUACUGGAUGGUCUUAAAUUGAAUAAAAUCCAUUUCUAUAGAAUUUAUACAAAUUUCAAAUUAAUAAUUGUUAAACUCAAAAGACUUAUUAACAUCUUAUUAAUAAUCAGUUUAUGAUUGCAGUCAGUGAACCCGACCAUAGCAAACAUAAACUGAUAAAUAUUUGUAAUGGGUUGACUUACCCACUUCAUGGAUGGACGGCUCCAUGCAUUGAGUUACCUACAUUGAACACGUUUCAAAUUACUCGACAAAUAAUAUUUUUUAAAAUUAAUAUUGAAAUUUAGCUGAAUUGAAUUACUUUAUAAUUAUGAUUAUAAUAUAUAAUAUAUGAUUAUAUGAUGUAGAAUGAAGCUCGUGUACGUUCUAUUGAAAUGGAUUAAUAUAAUUAAGUCCCGUAUGCUAGUGUAAAGGAUUAGCGGUCGCUUAAUUAAAAUGCUAUGAUCACAAAGUUUUUUAAUUACAUGUAUGUAUGUAUUUUUUUGUUUUAGUUAAUUCGGCGCCGGGUCCAAUUAUUAUGCUUCUUAUAUUUCAGAAAUGCAUAUAUUUAUUUAAUAUUAAUUAUAUACAUAAUACGUUAUAUAUUUAGUUACACGCUAUGAUAUAAACUCACAACUUAUAUAUAUAUUUUUAAUUAUUGAUACUAAGUGCUAGUAACUAUUGUUACAACGUUGGCUCGUUCACAAUUUAAGUAUAAUUUUAUAGACUAUGCCAGUACUAUUAUUAUUUUUUAGUCUAAUUGGCAUUAUAUAACAACAAUAUAUAAGUCUGAAAUCUAGUGAAAAUCACAAAAUUGUAGAAAUUCUUAAAAAAUUAUAUGCCAAAAACAAAAGUCCCUUCAUUAUUUUUAUAUAUAAGAAUUAAUUUUCGAAACAAUCUUGUUGAAAUUAGAUUAAGCAUAACAGUGAAUUAUUUAUAAUUAAUAUAAUUUUUUCUAUAUAAAAGAGAUGCGAUCUCGUAAUAUGCCACCCAUUAAUGAGCUUAGCUUAUUAUAUAUUAAUAUGUAAAUAUAUGUUCCUAGUAUCUUAACUAUGAAAUAUUUAUUAUUUAAAUCGAUAUGAGUUCAAGAGACAAUUCCAUAGUCAAAAUAUAACAAUACUAUAAUAUAUAUACUUAUGUUUUAGUAAGAAAUUUUCCCGGACAAAAUUACCUUUAACUAUUUAGUUAAACAAUAUAGGAGGGUUUUGUUCCUGAAAGUGUGCCAUCUCGAUAAAGAUAAUUUUUCAUCACUAUCAAUGGAAAAAUAUUUUUAAAGGUGUUGCCAGUUAAUGCUUUAACCCAGGAAGAUUUCUAACUCUAACAUCAAUAACGCUACAGUAGAAAAUAUUACUCUAUGCAAUUUAACGCACAGAACUAAUACGUGUUAACUAUUAAAUUGGUGUCUAUUUAUCAUAAAGUUAUAUUCAUGUACUCAAUAUUAAUAUUCUGAUAAGACUUAAUUAUUGAAAAUGUUCAGUUUUUUUAUAUUAAUAUGCCUGUGGUUGAAUUCUGCUGCUUAGAUUGUGUUGGUUUAGCAUCCAGUGUUUGUGACGAAUUCAUUCUGGAACAGUUUGUUACGCGUACGGUUUUAUGACGUCAGACGAAGCAUUGAAAUUUAACUAUCGAAAAAGCUUGUUUGAUAAACAUCUUUGUUGCACGUGGUCAGCUUAUCAGGUUUUUGCGCUUUUUUAUUAUUUAAAUUUAUGGAUAUUGAUUUUAAUUGUACUCACGCUCUAAGUUGACGAGCUAAAAGAAUUGCUAUCGUGCUUCGUAAGCGAAAAAGAGAUUAGUUUCAGUGAAAUUAGUCUAAAUAUUGUGUACAACAUAAAUAUAUAUUUGCGAACAUUUUCAACAUUUCCAUAUAUAUAGGGCUCUUCAAGCCGAUCACAAUGAAUGUUAAUAUAUUACUAUUAUAUUUUUUCUUAUGUACUUCAUAAUUCAUAUACAUUUGACGUUAUGCUAAUAGGUGUUAAUGUUACGUUGUCGUUUUUAUUUUCCAAGUUAUUACUUAGAUAGGUUAUAUUAGAUUUAAUGAUUUUGUAUUUUUUUAUCUGUAUAUUUUGUUUGUGCAAUAUUUUGUAUUCCGAUGCAUUUUUUUAAAUAGUGCAUUUAGAAUAAUUUCAGACAAAAUUUUCUACUAAGCAAUUAUCCUUUUUAAUUAAUAUGUUUAGUUAGGUAUACUUUUUUAUAAAUAAAAAAAAAACUGCAUGAUGCAUUGAUAUUAUACCAAAAAAAAUUGAUAUAUAAUUUUGAUAUAUAUACGAGUAUUUUGGCCUAAGUCUGCUAUUAUAAAUAUUUUAUAUAAUUUAUUAAAAAAUAGAUAAAGUAAUAAUAAGUUACCAAAAAAAUCUAGUUCGGUUAUAUAUUUUGUUCUUAAGUAUAUCUUAGUAAGUCAAUUUACACUAUCAGUGGUUUUACUAAUUAUUAUUCACCGGUUGUAUUCCUUAAUGUGUAUUCAGGCUCAAGGGUAUUUUCAGUUUUUUUUAAUAUCCUCGAAGUACACAUCACACAUACACAGCGCAGUUUUUAAUAUAAUGAUUGUAACGCACCUACACCAUCAUUUCAAAGGUUGUAUUAAUAUCCUUCGAGCCUCUGAAUCUUGUACACUUAUUAGGUAAUUUUAUUUGUCUUAUAUUUUUAUUUCAUACAAGAAAUUUUAAAGCUCUGUAUUUGACAUUGGAUGGACAUGGAGUAUACUGUAUGGGACAGGGUUUGACAUUGCUUGUGGAUGUCUUAAUAAUUGUAUGAUUAUAUUUGAAAUUGUAAAAACUUACGGCGAUAUGUACUGCUUACAGAAGAAAUAAUUCAUGUAGGCAUUUAAAUGAAUUAGUUAUUUCAAUCUGUGCGAUAAUAAAUACUGUCUAUGGAUACUGAGUCAUUUAUGAUGUCUAUGACUGGCAUGUUCCAUUGUACUCUCAUGUUCUAGGAUAGAAUAUGUCCUCGAAACUGAGAUUUUACACAAUUUCCUUUACGUAAACAUUAAAGAUAUGUUUAUUGUUGCAAUAUAAAAAUUGGGUCCUUUGUCUGGCGACCUUGUUAUAAUGGUUUUUAUAGCCUAUUUACAAUAUUAAAUAUUUUUGACAAAUAUUUGCUUAUGGUUGUGUCAAAUUCAUAGCAAUUCAUAUUUGCCAAAUCUUUAAAAAAAUGCUGUCUCGAGUAUUAUAGAACAAGCAAUAAAAAAUAAUAUUAGAUAUUUGUAACUUAAAUGGUUAAUAUAAUUAAAUUAUUAUGUGAAUAAGUAUUCAUUCGAUAUGAAGUUUAUUUCACAUUAUUUGUGAUUACUUAAACACAAGUAAAUGGUAAUGUGUCAUGUAAUGGAACACACUUGUACUUGAAAACGGUUUAAAAAAAGCUACAUAAUUAUAAAUAUAAUCUACUACAAUAUACUCUCAACUUCUAUCUAUUUUGCAAUAAUCAUAAUUUGUAAAAGAAUAAUAGUUAUAUUGAUGUUUUCUUUUAAAUAUCCACAGAAUAUAAUAUUUAUCUAAAUUAC